AUGUCUAAAGGAAACUCUCAGCUUAAAUAUUUUUCAUUAAUCCUUCAAAUCAUCUUUCUGCAAACAUCUAAUGCUCGGAAGAGCAAACACUACUGUCCUCCUUCUGCUUGUGGCGAUAUCCGUAACAUAAGCUACCCUUUUCAUUUAAACACCGAUCCAAACCAUUGUCAUUUUUCAGGAUUUGAAUUAGCUUGUGAAGGUAACCAAACAGUUAUAUGGUUAUCCUCCAAGAAGUUGCACGUUCAAAGCAUCGACUAUGAUAAUCAGACAAUUCACGUGGUAGAUCCGACUUUACAAACACAAGAUGAUCUAUGUUCUCUCAUACCUUCUAAGGCUAUUACCUUUCUCAAAUACAAUAAUAUCUUCAGGUUAUCCAUUUAUGCAUCACAGCAUAUAGCCACGCCCAUUUUCAUGUUCAACUGUCCACUUGCUGUUAAUGAUUCGACAUUUGUGGAAAUUAGUGGCUGCAAAUUAAGCAGAUACACUUAUUUAAAGAUUGGAGAGAUGAAAGUGUCUGAAGUGAGUGAUGGAUGCAGAGCAGCAUUUAUAGGCUUCACCUCACUGCCUAAUAUUAAGAACAUUUCCCUUUCUGAUAUUCAUCAAGCAAUUCUCUACGGAUUUGAGUUUUCCUAUUUUUCGUGGGGUUUAUUGGAAUGGAUUUCCGGUGAGGACUCAAACUUUUAUCUACAUAUACUUUUAAUUCUCCAUUGAUCUCUCAUUCUAAAACGUUUGCACUUUAAUCUAACCAGGGAUCACUGAAUUGCUAGGCCAGUUUUGCGUGUGUAAGCUCCUAUAUAUCCCUUUAGCAAUCUAUAUGUUAUUUGGAUGGACACAUAUUAACAUUCCAUUGAUCAUGUGUUUUAUCAUCUCUGUGGUUCGUUAUGACUUCUCAAACGUGCAGUGUAUUCGGGAGCAAAAUUUGUGAUCGGCCUUCCGUUAGUAAUUGCAUUUCUGGUGUACAAAUUCAAAAGGAGGCAUUUGUCAAUGUACGAUACGAUUGAAGGCUUUUUGCAAACACAAAACAAUUUCAUUCCUAUAAGAUAUAAUUACUCCAACAUAAAGAGAAUGACAAGAGGAUUCAAAGAGAAAUUAGGCGAGGGGGGUUACGGAACUGUGUACAAAGGAAAGCUUCAAAGUAGAAGGGAUGUAGCAGUGAAGAUGUUGAGCAAGCCUAAAGCUGAUGGGCAAGAUUUCAUGAAUGAAGUAGCUACCAUCGGAAGGAUUCAUCAUGUCAACGUGGUUGGACUCGUGGGGUAUUGCGUUGAGGGAACAAAGUGUGCUCUUGUAUACGACUUCAUGCCCAAUGGAUCACUUGAUAAGUACAUCAGCACGGAUCAAGAAGGAAGUCCUCUGUUAAGUUGGCAAAGGAAGUAUGACAUUAUUCUUGGAGUGGCUCGAGGAAUCGGGUAUUUGCAUCGAGGCUGUGAUGUACGAAUUUUGCAUUUUGACAUCAAGCCACACAACAUUCUUUUGGAUGAGAAUUUCAUUCCAAAGAUUUCUGACUUUGGGCUUGCGAAAUUAUAUCCAACAGAUAAGAGCAUUGUGACUCUCACAGCUGCUCGUGGAACGAUUGGAUAUGUUGCUCCAGAGCUGAUCAGCAGAAGCAUUGGAGCAAUCUCAUACAAAGCUGAUGUUUACAGCUUCGGAAUGCUGCUAAUGGAAAUGUUGGACUUGAAGAGAAAUGAAGUUGCAAAUGAAGAGAAUUCCAGCCAAUACUUUCCUUAUAAUAUUUACGAUAAGUUCAACAAGGGGAAAGAGAUUGUGGUGGAUGAAGAAGCGAAUGAUGAUGAAAAGAAGAUGGCUAGAAAGCUGAGUUUAGUUGCAUUAUGGUGUAUACAAACAAAUCCGAUACAACGCCCUUCAAUGAGUAAAGUAGUAGAAAUGCUUGAAGGCGAAGUUGAAGUGCUAGAAGUACCUCCUCAGCCUCUUCAAUCUGAACCGAUUGUUCAUCAGAUCAUGGGAAGUUCUACGACAUUUUCGUCUGAUUCCAUAGCUUUGUUAGAUAAUUCCGUUGAGGUAGACAUUUAUGCUGAUUGAUUAUAGUUGAUGUAAUGUUUAUGUGAAAUAAACAUAGCCAAUCCAACAAUGUUUCGGACAAAGAAUGGUGUUGUUAUUGUUGUACUAGUUAUAUCAAAGACCUAAUACAUGCAUUUUAACUUGG